AUUUUAUUUUUUAUUUUUAUUUUAUUUAUUUAUUUAUUUAUUUAUUUUUUCCUGCCAAUCUACUGCUCCACACUCCAGUCCAGUAGGUGAUGGUAAUGCACCAAAUCGUUGUUUGCCAACCACCAAUAAAGCUCAAAGAAGAAGAAGAAGAUAACCAACAGUGAACUCUUCUCUUCUCUGCAGCAUGUCUUCAGGAAGACCAGCUUGACUAUUUUCUGUCAUUUUGACCAGAAAGUGACUUUUUGUAGUUGGUGCUGCAGCCUUUAACCUUUAACCUUUGACCUCUAACCAGCAUGGAUGAGAACACUUUAAAGCAGCUGGUGAAGCUCACUCAGGAUGGACAGGUUGACUCUCUGCAGAGACUGAUCAGCAGCUCUGAGGUUCAGUCUGUCAGCAGGAGACACUUCGGUCGGUCUGGGGACACCCUGCUGCACUAUGCUGCCAGGAGAGGACACCUGGACAUGCUGCAGUAUCUCAUAAAGCAGGUGUGCAUGGAUGUGGAGCUGCACAACAACGACUACAAGAGGCCUCUGCACGAAGCUGCUUCCAUGAGCCACCAGGCCUGUGUUAGCUACCUGCUGCAGGAAGGAGCCAACGUGGACAGUCUGAAGAAAGCUGACUGGACUCCCCUGAUGAUGGCCUGCACCCGGAGAAACCUCGACGUGGUCCAGGAGCUGCUGUGUCACGGCGCCGACCCCGCUCUGAGAAACAAGGACGGCUGGAACUCCUUCCACAUCGCCUGCAGGGAGGGCGAUCCUCUGGUCGUACAGCACCUGCUUCUUGUCGCACCGGAAGUCUGGAGGACGGAGAGCAAGACGCGCAGGACGCCCAUACACACUGCAGCGAUGCACGGCUGUGAGGACGUUGUUAGGAUCUUGCUGGAGAGAUGUGGCUACGCCCCAGACAGCACCGACAGCUGUGGAGUCACUCCUUUCAUGGACGCCGUCAGGAACGGACACAUUUCCGUGGCCAGGCUGCUUUUAGAGAAGCACCGGGCCUCUGCAACUGCAGCUGACGUACUCGGGGCUCAGGCGGUGCACCAGGUUGCCGUCACCGGCCAGGAGGAGGCGCUGCGUUUCCUGGUGCGGGACCUAAACGUAGACGUGAAUCAGAGGGCGACUGACGUCCAGCUCACUGCCCUGCAUUACGCCGCAAAGGAGGGCCACACGUCCACCAUAAAAACUCUGCUGGAGUUGGGGGCAGAUCUUCAUGUUCGGGACAAAAAGGGAAGAACUGCUCUUCAUAUGGCCUGCAUCGGGCAGCACGCAGAUGCCGUUGGGACACUCUUGCAGCUCGGACUCCGAGACUCCGAGGAUGCGUGUGGCACCACGGCACGGCAGCAUGUCAGGAAAGCAGACGUAGUGCGUGUGUUUGAAUGUGGCUCACCAGAUCCAUCGUAACGUAACGUAACGUAACGUAACGUAACGUAACGUAGGGAUACAGAACACGGAAAAGAACCUGAAACAUUUAAUACGAUUAAAGUCAGUUGAGGUUGUGAAGAUUCCAAUAAAUCUUUACUUGU